AUGGCGUUACCUAAUUUUGAGCUCCUUUCACUUUCCGAUAACGCAUCCGGAUGGGGUCCAUUGUCUCCAACAUCAAGUCAAGAUUCAAUACCCUUCCAACAAUACAACAAAGCUGAUCGAAUUGGUCGUGUUGCUGAUUGGAUCGGUGUUGAUCGCUUCUACCGUCGUGGAAAUGAACGUUACAAUGAGAGAAUGUAUGGAUCAGCUGCCAAUGCUGGAAGUCAAUUCGAUUAUAUUCAUGGAAUGGAUGACCACAACUUCCAAUUGGUUGACUCAUCCAAACCAUUGCAAAGAAAUCCUCAAAGAAACUUCCGUGUUCGUCAAAUGCAUAUUCGUAAGAUGAUGCAAAAAGAAAACGAUAAGAGAGAAUUGGCUAACCAAUCACAAAAUAUGAAGAUGAAGAGAUCCAUCGCCAAGUAAGAAAAUAUAGGAAAGUCAUGAAAAAGUUAUGUGGAUUUUUUCAGAGAACAACAACGUGCCUUCAAAAUGUGGCAACGUCGCGGAGGAAACGCUCGACAAGGUCAACGCGGUCAAGGUGGUCGUUUUGGCGGAGAUCGGCCUAAGGUAAACUAUAAUUUUUCAGUUUAAAAAUAUCACUCUUAAAUUUUAGGAGCGUCUUCCAUCUGUUCAAGUUCGACCAGAAUGGUCAGUUCUCGAAGAAAUGAACUUGAGUGCAUUCUCCAAACUUGCUCUUCCAAAUAUCCACGAUGGUGAAGAUAUUGGUGAUCAUCAAUACGGUAUUCUCCAAUACUACGAAAAAUCAAUGGAUCGUAUCACUGUCAAAAAUUCGGUUCCACUUCAAAGAUGCGCUGGUGUUUACUACAAUGUCACUACUACAGAAGAUACUGUUAUUCAAGAAUUGGCUCAAAGUGGUGUUGGAAAUGUCUUCGGAACAGAUAUUAUUCUGGCGACUUUGAUGACUGCUCCAAGAUCAGUUUAUUCUUGGGAUAUUGUUGCUUAUCGAAUUGGCGACAAAUUGUUCUUUGAUAAACGAAACACCAAAGAUAUUUUGAAUCCUGUUGAAACUUUGACUGUUUCGGAGACAAGCAGUGAAACUCCACCAUUCGAUGGAACUGGAAUUAAUAAUGCUAAAGAUUUGUCAACUGAAGCAUUUUAUAUCAAUCAAAACUUCAGAAGACAAGUUGUUCGCCGAAAUGAGGAUGGCUACAAAUUGAAACAUCCACGUGCACCAUUUGAAGAAGAAGAGGCUGGAGAAUCUGGAACAGCUUACAAAUACAGAAAAUGGAAUUUGGGAAAUGGUGUGAAUGGAAAACCAGUCGAACUUGUUGUUCGUACUGAAUUGGAUGGUGUUAUGAUUGGUCCACAAAGUGAACUUCAAACUUUGACAAUCAAGGCUUUCAAUGAAUGGGAUAGUUCUCAAUCGGGAGGAGUUGAUUGGCGAACAAAGUUGGAUUCGCAAAAAGGAGCUGUUAUGGCGACUGAAAUCAAAAAUAACAGUGCCAAGGUUGCAAAAUGGACUCUUCAAGCUGUUCUUGCUGGUUCCGAUACAAUGAAACUUGGAUAUGUUUCAAGAGUUAGCACAAGAAGCACACAAAAUCAUGUGAUUUUGGGAACUCAAUAUGUUAAACCAACUGAAUUUGCAAGCAAUAUUGCAUUGAAUAUGGAUAACUGUUGGGGAAUUUUGAGAUGUGUUAUUGAUGCGUAAGUUUUUUGUAAAAAAAAAUACAAUUGGAAUUUUUCUGAAAAAAAAUUCCGCCGAAUCUCUCAGAAAGUCAAACUUUCAAUAAUUAUCUAUUUUUGCAGUUGCAUGAAACAAAAACCUGGAAAAUACUUGCUUAUGAAAGACCCACAAUCCGCUGUUAUUCGCCUUUACCAACUUCCUGAAGGAACAUUCGAAAGUGAUCGUGAAUCUUCGGAUGAUGAAAACUCGGACGAUGACGAUGACCAAUAA